AUGGGAGUGUCGGGAGGAGAGCUCUUCGACUUCCUGGCCCAGAAGGAGUCGCUGAGUGAGGAGGAGGCCACCAGCUUCAUCAAGCAGAUCCUGGAGGGUGUGAACUACCUUCAUGCCAGGAAAAUCGCUCACUUUGAUCUCAAGCCGGUGGACAACCAGCAAGCCCUGGUCCGCAGGGAGUCUGUGGUCAACCUGGAGAAUUUAAAGAAGCAAUAUGUCCGCAGGCGAUGGAAGCUCUCCUUCAGCAUUGUCUCCUUGUGUAACCACCUCACCCGCUCCCUGAUGAAGAAGGUGCACCUGAGGCCAGAGGAGGACCUGAGGAACUGUGAGAGUGACACAGAGGAGGACAUCGCCAAGAGGAAAGCUGUCCACCCACGGAGGAGGAGCAGCACCUCGUAGGUGGGCUGGUUCUCUCUGCACAGACUCUGGGUCCCCACUCGUCACCAGCACCCAGGCAUUCUGCAUCCCUGAACGCUUUGCGAGACAGAUAAGCCUGCAGGGUUCAGAAGCACUUACAGAGGAGCAGGGAGCCCCUGGGAGCUGUGGCCAUCUCCUACGGAGGAGGCCCUGACAUCCUCAAAGCUCUUAUUCUCCAUAAAACGGGCUUUCACCUGUCUGCCAACCUCAGAACCUCGGGUGAGGUGUGGACUUGAGAAAAUGAUGUCAAUGAACAUCAUCAUCAUGGAGGAAGGUCAGACUCGGGCAGGUUUCCUCACGGGAUGAGGGAGCUCAGAACUAGCCUGGUCGAAAAUUACACCAGAAAGACAGAGGCCUCCCCCAUGGGAACAAGACAAGUGAGAAAAGUGAAUCUUAGGGUGUGAGGGACCAAUCCUGUGACCUCCCAGAACCCACAUGGAGUCAGCAUGUUGGGCUGACCAACAUAUUAGGCCUUCUAAAGUAGCCCACUGUAUUGUAAUUUUUUUUCACUUUUAUUAAACUUCUGAUUUACCUGA